GAGAAGACUUUACAAAAACUAUGAGUGCAUACUGCAUGUAGAUAUGAUAAAUAAGAACAUCCUGAUACGUUCGACAGUUGUGUUAAAUAUAUAUCAAAAAUUCGUUAUACAAAAGUUUGAAUAAUUAUAUUAACAAUACCGUUCCUAACUUUCUUCAUUAUUCAUUUUAGCACUUACGAUAUACAAAAUAUUUUUAUUGUAAACAUAAUAAUUUUAUUAACGAAUGUUAUAAAAUAGAGAAAUUAUGUUGACUAAGUACGUUUGGUUAUUGCCACUGUUCGCAUCUAUUUGUUUACUAUACUCGUACGAUUAUCUAUACGAAAUAAAAUUUAAUUGUCUACAAAAAGGAUUAAACAUCAUUGAUAGUAUUUAUUCUAGUUUGAAUAUCAAUUCAGAUUCAGUUUCAAAAUUUAACACAGAACAGAAAGUAUUUACACAAAAUCAACUCAAGAAAUAUACAAACUUGAAAGAUGGUUUGUAUAUUUCAAUCUUGGGGCAAGUUUUUGAUGUUACAAAAGGUGCAAAACAUUACGGGCCUGGUGCAAAUUAUCAUGCCUUUACUGGCCGCGAUGCAUCCUUGGCCUUUAUUACAGGGGAGUUUAAUGAUAAAGGCUUAACAGAUGAUAUCUCUUCGUUAUCUGUGCAACAAGUUAAGGCAUUGAACGAUUGGGUACAAUUUUAUAAUGAGAAUUACAUUUACAAAGGAAAAUUAAAUGGUAGAUAUUAUGACGAAGAUGGUACUCCAACCAAAGAGUUUCAUAGCAUACAAAGAAUAUUAGUACAAGCCAAAGAAAAGCAAUUUGAAGAGGAGAAUAAAAAAAGAAUGUUUCCGCCGUGUAAUGUAGAAUGGAAUCCAGACUCUGGGACUACAGUAUGGUGUUCUAAAAGAAGUGGAGGAAUAGAAAGAAAUUGGAUCGGUGUACCAAGAAUGUUAUUUGAAUCUUCAAAUUUCAAACAAUAUAGGUGUGCAUGUGUUAAACUUGAUAGCGAGGAGUUUGAGGAGACCAAAGGUAUGGUCAGAGAAUAUGAUGGAUGUCCAAAAACUGCAAUAAAAUGUGCUGUGAAAACAAAUAAUUUAUAGUAAUCAGAGACAUAAUAUUAAGUUGUAAAUAGAAUGACCGUUUUUUAAAUUUUUAUUUCAAACUUAUUAUGUAUUUUUCUAAUCCAAAUAAUCUCCAUUAACUUUGACAUACCUUCAUCACAGUACAAACGUACGAAUGCUUUUCUGAAAGACAUUUUAAAUACGAAAAGUAAUAAAUUCGUACAAUGUAAAUUUUAUAUGUAAUCUUUACUGAAACACCCUUCCCGACAAAACGCUACUUAAAUAUUUGAAAAAAUGAUGAGUGUAAGAGAAAACCUCGUAUUUUAAUUCUGUUAACUUACUGUUUUGCAACAUCUGGCCAAGUAUUGUUAUGCAGCAAUAACACUGUGCCUGUUGACUAAUAUUGAUUGUGUAAUACGCAAAUUUUCCGCACAUUGUAUCAAUUUCUUGAUAAAUGAAUAUUAUUUCUAAUCACAUACAGUGUACAGUGUACACAAAAUUACAUUUAUUUACGUGCGAGGUAUACAUUUUUCAAAAGGAACGAAUAUGGCACCAUCUACAAAGUAAA